CAGGCUGUCUCGACGCCAGGACCCACUAGGAGACGAUGAUGUCGGGCACCGAAGGUGGAGAGGGAUUCGUGGUGAAGGUCCGGGCCUUACCCUGGUCUUGCUCGGCAGACGAAGUGCAGCGUUUUUUUUCUGACUGCAAAAUUCAAAAUAGGGCUCAAGGUAUUCGUUUCAUCUACACCAGAGAAGGCAGACCGAGUGGCGAGGCUUUUGUUGAACUUGAAUCAGAAGAUGAAGUCAAAUUGGUCCUGAAAAAAGACAGAGAAACUAUGGGACACAGAUAUGUUGAAGUAGUCAAGUCAAACAACGUUGAAAUGGAUUGGGUGUUGAAGCAUACUGGUCCAAAUAGUCUUGACACGGCCAAUGAUGGCUUUGUAUGGCUUAGAGGACUCCCCUUUGGAUGUAGCAAGGAAGAAAUUGUUCAGUUCUUCUCAGGUUUGGAAAUCGUGCCAAAUGGGAUAACAUUGCUGAUGGACUUCCAGGGGAGGAGUACGGGGGAGGCCUUCGUGCAGUUUGCUUCACAGGAAAUAGCUGAAAAGGCUCUAAAGAAACACAAGGAAAGAAUAGGGCACAGGUAUAUUGAAAUCUUUAAGAGCAGUCGUGCUGAAGUUAGAACUCACUAUGAUCCACCAAGAAAGCUUAUGGCCAUGCAGCGGCCAGGUCCCUAUGACAGACCUGGAGCUGGCAGAGGGUACAACAGCAUUGGCAGAGGGGCUGGCUUUGAACGGAUGAGGCAUGGUGCUUAUGGUGGAGGUUACGGAGGCUAUGAUGAUUAUAAUGGCUAUAAUGAUGGCUAUGGAUUUGGGUCGGAUAGAUUUGGAAGAGACCUCAAUUACUGUUUUUCAGGAAUGUCUGAUCACAGAUACGGGGAUGGUGGCUCUACUUUCCAGAGCACAACAGGACAUUGUGUACACAUGCAGGGAUUACCUUACAGAGCUACUGAGAAUGACAUUUAUAAUUUUUUUUCACCGCUUAAUCCUGUGAGAGUACAUAUUGAAAUUGGUCCUGAUGGCAGAGUAACUGGUGAAGCAGAUGUCGAGUUUGCAACUCAUGAAGAUGCUGUGGCAGCUAUGUCAAAAGACAAAGCAAAUAUGCAACACAGAUACGUAGAACUCUUCUUGAAUUCUACAGCGGGAGCAAGCGGUGGUGCUUAUGGUAGCCAAAUGAUGGGAGGCAUGGGCUUGUCAAACCAGUCCAGUUAUGGCGGCCCAGCCAGUCAGCAGCUGAGUGGUGGUUAUGGAGGCGGCUAUGGCGGCCAGAGCAGCAUGAGUGGAUAUGGCAGCCAAGGCGCAGUGAACAGCAGCUACUACAGUAGUGGAAGCCGAGCAUCUCUGGGCAUGAACGGAAUGGGAGGGAUGUCUAGCAUGUCCAGUAUGAGUGGUGGAUGGGGGUUGUAA